CGUCUCUGUUGGAUUCAUUCUAAACAUCCACCUGCUGAAUUUCAUCGGGUUUUAGUAGUGCAACCUUCUUUGAACGAACUGCGGCUGUUAUCAUUCUGUCUCUUCUGAUGUGCGACAGGAAGCCAGAGAGAGUGGAUUUGGAGACAGACAGCCCACUCCUGCGCCGCUUCUAGCAAGGGAAACCCCCCACGCGUUGCGCGCCCGGAUCGCCAGUAGAAAUUCGCGUCGCGGAGUGCGUGUGCAUGUGCGUCAGGCUCUAAAUGUGUGUGUUCGUGCACGACAAAACCCCGGGCUCCGUCCUCAACAGUUGCUACCGGAGCGACGGAGAGGAGAGGUGGAGAGCGAGAGAGAUAACAGACUGAGGACAGACGGACGCGGAGCCCCACGUCGCUCUGCCCGGCUCUGCUCCUGACAUGCAGUCGUUCAUCUCUCCUGUGACCAAGGCCAUCCUAGUAGCGCUCUUCAUCUUCGCCAUACUCCUCAUCCUCUAUGUGAUCCUUUGGUACAUUUGCAGAGACGUGGACUGCGACCACGGCAUUUGAGGAUUCCAAACGGGAAUAACAGGAAUUUCACAAUGGGGUGCACAGCGGAGCCCGUAGAGCCCAGGGUCAUCCCGUACGAUAAGGAGGGAAGUGAGGAUGGACGACUUCAUAUUGGAACGUAUCCCAUAGACGGAACUGGACCUUUUACCCGGAGCUGCUCCUCCUCCUCUGCACUGCUCACUCCGUGACAGAACGGCUGAGAUGUUGUCAGCUAUCCGGUCUUAUCUUCUACCAAUUAUCAAACUUUACCUGCUUGGUUUGAAGGUUCUGUUGGUUCAGCUGUUCAGCAGAUCUUUCAGAUUGCCAGUGAUGCCCAGACAAGAUGGCAAGGUUGCCAUAGUGACAGGAGGAGGGAGGGGAAUCGGCUAUGAGGUAGUCCGCCACAUGGCCAGACUGGGGGCACAUGUUAUCAUAGGUGGAAGGGAUGAGCGGGAGGGUCUGGCGGCCGUCAGAACUAUCUGUGAAGAGUACAAAGAGGCCAAAGUCGAAUUCAGCAAACUGGACCUAGCCUCUUUGGAGUCUGUCCGUCAAUUUGUCAAGAGCUUCAAGGAAAGGGACCUGCCGCUAAACAUUCUGGUCAAUAAUGCGGGUGUUAUGCUGAUUCCCGAGGGUCGUACUGAGGAUGGAUUUGAGCAGCACUUUGGUGUGAACUACUUAGGCCACUUCCUGUUGACCUGGCUGCUCCUGGACACACUGAAGGUUUCUGGGAAAUGUGGUAACUUUUCGCGUGUGGUCAACGUCUCCUCCUCUGCCCACCGCAUCGGCGAAAUCAGACUAAAUGAUUUAAAUAGCUGCCAGUGUUAUUCAGCCCAUGCUGCUUAUUGUACCAGUAAGCUGGCCCAGCUGUUAUUCAGUUCCCACCUCCACCAGGAUUUGCAGCGUGGAGGUUUCCCACUGAGUUCAUGUGCUGUGGAUCCGGGCAUGGUGGAUACUGCGCUCUAUCGCCACCUCUGGACACCCCUCUGUCUGGCACAGAGCGUCAUCGCCCGCCUGCUUUUCAGGACUCCUGCAGAGGGCGCUGUCACUGUGCUGUACGUCGCUCUGUCACCGGCCUUGGAGGGGGAGUGUGGGGGAGGCUACUGGGCCAAUGGGCGCAGGGAGAUGACAACACCACCGAUCUUUAACCCCCAGCUACAGCAAAGCCUAUGGGAAACCAGCGUCCAGUUGCUGGCCCUGCAGUAGCCUGCGACGAAAGGACAACUAACUGGACUAAACCUCGAAGAAAACAUUAGACAAAGACCCUUAACUCUGGCCAACCAGCCACUCUCUCCUUCUUUUUCUCAUUAUUGUUUCUCCAUCCGUACCUCACGUCAAGGUCUUCGUAGCAAUUUAUUUUGACAGUCUCACAAUCCACAACUGGACUGUGAUUGGUUACUAGGGGAGUGAAGCCCUCCUUUUUGUUUCAGACCUGCCAAAGAAGGGCUACAUGGGAUGGAAGAUGUUUUUUUUGCAAUGAGCAUGCAAUCAUAUACAAACGCACGCUAGG